AUGGACAAGGCUUCGACUAGUCAAUCUACAGAUCAUUGCGAUACUGCAGCCACGAAAUCUUUAAAAAAUGAAAUUGAUGUAAAACUAAAGUAUCCAAUACUACGUAAAAAACGUAACUGUGCUCUCAUAUUCUGUCACGAAGUGUUCGAUGGAAAUAUCGAGGUAAAGCGAGUUGGAGUCGAACAAGAUUGCAAUAGAUUAAAAUCUAUACUACAAACGUUCAACUUUGAGGUAGUGAUUUAUAAGGAUCUAAAAAGGAGCAAAAUAUUCGACACAUUAAGUAAAGUCUCACAAAUGGAUCAUUCCGAUAAGGAUUGUCUUCUAAUUGUUGUAUUGACCCAUGGUAAUUCAGGCAUACUUUGUGCAUGCGACCAUCCAUAUGACAUCAUCGAUCUCUGGAAUCCAUUUUCAGAAAAUAAUUGUCCUUCUUUAAAAGGAAAACCUAAACUAUUCUUUAUACAAGCCUGCCGUGGUGAUGAUGUUGAUUCUGGAACCGAGUUACAGUUUGAGGAAUAUACUCAAUUAAAACAACGAGUAUCAUCAGAGAUCAGUUUACCGGAUGCAGGAGCUUACAAAUUAAGUCCGAAGGAACUUAAAGCGCUUCGUACACCGGAUGAACAAGAUUUCUUGAUAGGAUACUCUACUGCACCAGAUUACGUUUCGUAUAAAACAGAAUGUGGAUCAUGGUACAUUGAAGAAAUUUAUACGAUAUUUCAAAGAUAUGGAAAACAUUACGAUCUACUAACUUUACUAACAUUCGUCUCUCAACGUGUCGCUGUAAAUUAUGUGACUGAGAAGUCAAUAGAUCCUAAAUAUGAGGACAAAAAGCAAGCUCCGUGUAUUGUAAGUACAUUAACUAAGCUAUUGUAUUUUUUCCCUGAAGAAGCUGAAGAAAUACCAAAGGAUUUGGAAUUAGAACCGGUGUAA